AUGUCACUAGAAACCACAAUUCCGCAAUUGCGCGGUCUCCCAAUCGCCUUCCACGGCACCAUGAUCCACACGCUGGACGUUACUCAGCUCGAAAUCUUGCAAAACUGUCUUCUCAUAAUCGACGACGAAGGCAAAAUCGAGAAAAUAUACAAAGAUGUUCCCAUCGAGAGAGUGAACGACUUUAUUUCUGAAGCUGGUCACACCCCCGACGUGUUUCCCGUCAAAUAUCUCAAAAGAGGAGAAUUUUUGAUCCCCGGGUUUAUUGAUACACACCAUCAUGCACCGCAAUGGGCUCAGCGGGGUAUGGGUCGGGACCAGACGUUAUUGGACUGGUUGAAUAAUGUCACAUUUGCACAUGAGCGGAAAUUUGAGAAUGUUGAAUACGCCAGAAAAAUGUACACGGCUUGUGUGCAAGCCGGAAUCAAGCAGGGUGUGACUACCGCGUCGUACUAUGGAAGCGUGCACGUGGAAGCAACAAAAAUCCUGGCAGAAAUUUGCCUCGAGCAACAUCAGCGAGCUUUGGUGGGAAAGUGUAACAUGAAUCGUAGCUCGCCAGAGUGGUAUCAAGAUGCGUCGGCUGAGCAAUCGCUCAAACAUACCAAGGAAUUGGUUGCGCAUGUACGCCGGAUUGAUAGUGAAGGAAAACUGGUUAAACCGAUCCUCACACCCAGGUUUGCCAUUACCUGCGACGAUAAAUUACUCUCCGGAUUAGGUGAAAUAGUGAAACAGGAGGCUCCCCCAAACAGUAUCCAUAUCCAGACACAUUUCAACGAAGCGGCUGAUGAGAUGGAAUUUACCCGCCAAUUGUAUCCACAGUUCAAACAUGAAGCAGACCUAUACGAUGAAUUUGGUCUUUUAGGUCCACACACCAUUCUGGCGCACAGUAUUUUCCUGGAAGAGGAAGAAAUGGACAGAAUAAAAUCCAAGGGAUGUGGAAUCGCGCAUUGCCCUAUUUCCACUGCGACACUAGGUGAGUUCAUGAUGGCACCGAUCCGAGAGUACCUGCGGCGAGGAAUAAAAGUCGGCUUGGGUACGGAUGUUGGCGGUGGAUUUUCGAGCAGCAUGCUCGAAAUAAUGAGACAUGCCUUUAUCAUAUCCAAGGCACGUGAGACGAUGACAAAGGGUGCCGAUCCAGCCCUCAAACUGCACGAAGGGUUUUUUCUGGCUACCCUGGGUGGUGCUCAGGUCUGUGGCUUGGAGGAUAAAGUUGGUAAUUUUGUGGAAGGCAAGGAAUUCGAUGCACUGGAAAUUCAUGCCAUCGGUCCAGAUCCGUAUAGCAGUCUCGGUGUGAUGAGCCCGAUUGAAGAUGAUGAUUCUAUCCAUGUUAUUUUUGAGAAGUUUCUCAUGACUGGUGAUGAUCGUAAUAUUGCAAAGGUGUAUGUUGCUGGGCGGUCGUUGAAGGAGACGGUGCUUUGA